AUGGCCAGCAGGCCCCAUCAGUUUGAUGGGGCUGACCCUGGGUGUGGCUUAAACAAGGUGGCUCAUCUCGUCUCCAAGACAUCCUGGCUCUCCGGUGACUGUCUACGACACCACAGUCACCGGAGAGCCAGUCAACGACACCACAGUCACCGGAGAGCCAGUCAGACCAUGCUCACAGGGAAGAUAGCAGCCAGCGCUGGGCUGGGAGUGGGUGCGAUGCUUGUCUUGCAGGGAGACCUGCGGAUAUGGAGGGAAACGUGGCUGCUCGGUGCUCCGGAGCGGGCCGUGGUGUGCAUCAUCGCCGGAGCUUCCCUCCUCGCCGUGGGCUGGCUGUACCGUCUGCUCUUCUGCCCUCUGGAGCUGCUGAAGGCGCCCGAUGAUGUGGGAUACAUCGUUGGGGACGGUCGCUCCAGAGCCCGGGCGGCUAACGAGGUUCGCCGCAGGAGGAAAACCGGAGAGCUGCCUCCGGUCUAUCCGAACGGCUGGUACCGAGUGCUGGACUCACACCUGCUGGAGAGGGGCGACGUCCAAAACGUCUCUGUUCUAGGUGAGCAAGUGGCAGUGUUUCGGGGCCAGAAUGGGAAGGCCUACGUGCUGGAUGCCUACUGCCCUCACCUGGGUGCCAACCUGGCUGUGGGAGGACGGGUGGUGGGAAGCUGCAUAGAGUGCCCAUUUCAUGGAUGGCAGUUUCAGGGGAAUGAUGGCAAGUGUGUGAAGAUCCCCUAUGCAGAAAAAGUGCCAGAGUUUGCCAAGGUGCGCAGCUGGCCCAGCUGCGAGGUCAAUGGCCAGAUCCUGGUUUGGUUUCACUGUGAUGGAAAAGAUCCUCAGUGGACAGUCCCAGAGCAGCAGGAAAUUACAAAGGGCGAGUGGGUGUAUCGGGGGAGAACUGAGCAUUAUGUCAACGCUCACAUACAGGAGAUUCCUGAAAAUGCAGCAGACGUCGCCCACCUCGCUCACCUGCACACACCUUGCAUUGUCAGCGGGGUCGACCUGCGUUACACCAACAGCAAAACCUGGAAAUUUUUGCGCCAUGACUGGAAGGUUCAGUGGGAACCAGAGUCAGAGCCCAACCAGCACUGCUCUCAGAUGUUGGUGAAACAUGCGCUUACUGUGUUUGGACUCCACUGGCCUCUGCUGGAUGUUCAUGUUGUGGCCAGACAGGUGGGUCCAGGGAUGGUGUUUCUGCUGUUUGACCACAGUUUCUUGGGCCGGGGUCUCAUCCUGCACUGUGUGACACCAGUGGAGCCUCUGUUGCAGUGCGUCUCGCACAUCAUGUUCUAUCAGGCUAAUAUCCCACCUCUGGUGCCCAAAUUCAUCCUCAAAGCAGAGUCCAUUCAGUUUGAGCGGGAUGUGAUGAUCUGGAAUAACAAGAAGUACAUCUCCAAGCCUCUUCUGGUGAAGGAGGAUUCAGCCAUCCAGAAACACAGGCGCUGGUUCAGUCAGUUCUACAGCGAGAACAGCCCCCGGCUGCAGUACCAGCGCGACACGUUGGACUUCUGA